CCUUGAUGGAACGUUCCCCUUCAUGUCCCGGGGGCGUUGGCCGUAGGGGUCUCUCAUAGCACGGCGACCAUGUCCUCAGGGGAUGCCUGCGGUUUGUAUGGGCUUCGGCUCAUGCAUCGUCUCAAUAUUUCCCUGUCCUGUUCCGGCCCUCGGGCUGGGCAGGCCUUUUUCUUUGCCUCUGCGUCCUCCUAACCCUAACCCCGUGUCCAGCCAAUGGCAUGCUCGUCUAAUGACGUCGUUUCGUAUCUUGCAGCCUCGUUUGUACGCGACGCGAAUAUAUCUUCUCUCUGCGCACCAAGACUGUUAUCGACCAUCAUGAGAAGGCUUCAUAUCCUAGUCUCGCUGUGAAGAACCAGCCCCAAGCCGUCACUUAUCUGAGCCUUUCUGGGCAUGGUUCUAAGCUGGGCAGCGUCCAAGCUACCCUCCUGGCUACACUUGCCUCCACGUUCAACCGCCCGCCAUAUCUUCUAUGGAGUUAUCAUUGGCUUCUCGCUAUCACUCACCUCGACCUCCAUUGCUCUGUGGUAUCAGGAGCGGAAGCGAGAGCGCGUCUCAAAGCGAUUUAAAGCGCGGCCGAUUGAGCUCAGAAGCGACGAGAUCAUCAGCGGGGUAACAGGGCUCAUAGGAAACACGCCCUUGCUGCGUAUAAAUUCGCUCAGCGAUGCACUCGGCGUAGAGAUACUCGGCAAGGCAGAGUUCCUUAAUCCUGGUGGAAGCGUCAAAGACCGCGUCGCGCUGCGAAUGAUCGACGACGCCGAGCGUCAAGGACUCUUGCAUCAGCAUACAGGCUCACGCAUCUUCGAGGGAACUGUUGGCUCGACUGGGAUAUCUAUAGCCACAGUUGCUAAGGCCAGAGGAUAUGAAGCAACCAUCAUUAUGCCUGACGACGUUGCACAGGAGAAGGUACAAGCCCUGUUGGCCCUAGGCGCCGAAGUAGAGCGUGUGCGACCCGCGAGCAUCGUCGACAAGAAACAGUUUGUAAACCUCGCCCGCGACCGUGCCAAAGCCUUCGGUCUUGAGGAUGAACCCUCCGCCGGCCUCCACGUGCCGCGUGGUCACUUACUGCCUACCCCUAGUUCGUCUGUAAUCGUGUCGACCGCGGCUACAGACGCACUGGGCGAGGAAGAGGCUGUCAUGUCCCCAAGGCAAGAGGAAGAGCUGCGGGCGAAGCCUCGCGGGUUCUUUGCGGACCAGUUCGAAAACAGGAGCAACUACGAGGCACACUUUGACGGCACGGGCCCGGAGAUCUGGAGGCAGACUAACGGCCGUGUCGAUGCGUUCGUCUCUGGCGCAGGCACGGGCGGCACGAUAGCAGGCACCGGACAGUUCCUGAAGUCCAUGGAUGAGGACGUCCUGGUAGUCCUCGCUGAUCCGGAGGGCAGCGGGCUGUACAACAAGAUCAAGCACGGUGUGAUGUUCGAUCGCAGAGAGGCCGAGGGCACGAAACGUCGUCACCAAGUCGAUACCGUCGUCGAGGGAAUAGGGAUCAACCGGCUCACCAAGAAUUUCGACCUCGCACUGCCCAUCAUCGGCGACGCCUUCCGGAUAACGGACGCCGAGGCCGUCAGCAUGGCGCGCUACCUCGUGCAGCACGACGGGCUGUUCCUCGGCUCGAGCAGCGCGUGCAACCUGGUGACGUGCGUGAAGCUCGCGAAGAAGAUGGGCUGGAGUGAGGGCCAGCGGAUCGUGACCAUCCUGUGCGAUUCCGGUAGCAGGCAUUACUCCAAGUUCUGGAACGAUGCCUACUUACGAAAUGCCGGCAUACCGAUCGAUCCACACAUCGUAGAAGACCUGCUGGCGCAAUGAUCCGACGAAUCUCAAGCCAAACCCACGCCCACAAGAGUAAAUCAACGGACACUCUAAUGCAUUGCAAUGGUAGUAAAGUACAGAUGCAGGGUUGGGUAUACGGAGGCGCACAAAUACAGCUAUGAGAGUACAAC